AUUUAUUGUCCGGGGGGCUAACAAACAAGCAACAACGGACGGCCCUAGAGGACCGGGGGGUGCUUCUCGUGUCUCAGGAGGAAGGGACGAUUCUCGCACCCACUCCGUAAAUCGGCGCUGGAUCCCUCCUUCAGCUGUAAGACGAGAUGCAUUCACCUCAGAAGGCAAUGAAGAUUUGGUUUUUCGAAAGGUGCGGGGGAUCCUCAAUAAACUUACCCCAGAAAAAUUCCAGAAGCUGAGUGAUGACCUGCUCCGUACAGACCUCAAAUCCCCAAAGAUUCUUACAGGAGUUAUAUUACUGAUAUUCGAAAAGGCACUCGAUGAGCCGAAGUACAGUUCUAUGUAUGCACUGUUGUGCAAGAAAUUGUCAGAGGAAGCACCAAAUCUUGAACCACCACCUGGGCCUUGUACAUUCCGUCGGCUGCUGCUCAGCAAGUGUCGCGCUGAAUUUGAAAACCGAUCAAGAGCAACUGAAGAAUUUGAAGGGCACAAUGGACCGUUGGGGGCUGAAGAAGAGGAAAGGCGGCAGUUCGCAAAACGCAAAAUGCUUGGUAACAUUAAGUUCAUUGGAGAACUGGGAAAAUUGGAAAUCCUCGCAGAAAGUAUCUUGCAUCAGUGUAUUCAAUCCUUAUUACACGAAAAGAGUCGUGGUGGCUCAUCGAAAGACCUGGCGGAGGAUUUGGAAUGCCUCUGUCAGAUAAUGAAGACUUGCGGGCGCAUCUUGGACACUGAAAAGGCCCAGAUGCUGAUGAAUCAAUACUUUGAACGAAUGGCACUUCAUGCAGAUAACAAGGAUCUGCCAAUGAGAAUCCGCUUCAUGCUUCAAGAUGUGAUAGAACUCAGACAAAACAACUGGAUUCCUCGCAAGGCGGCGAGUGUUGAGGGCCCAAUGCCUAUACAUCAGAUAAGGGACGAUGAUAUCAGAGGUGGUCGCCCUGGAUAUGGUUCUCACAUUGGCGUACCAGGAAGCAGAAGCUCAAGUGAUAUGUUCUCACGCCCUGCAAUGUCUUCAUUUCCGUUAAGAGGUCCUCCUCCUCUUGGUGGUAUUGGGAUGUCACACGACAAGUUCCCGUACUCAUCAGGAAAUGGAUUUACCAGUGGUCUUGGUCGUCCGCAACGUCAGCAGCAGCAAAGUUUCUAUUCAGGUGGUGGGAAUAACAGACAGGAAUUUGGACAGAAUCAUGGGAAACAAAGCAGAAACAUGAACAAUUCUCAUCAGCAAAAUUUUAGUAAUGGGGUCAAGGAUGUACCACCAAGAUUCAAGCGACCUACAAUAAUUCCGCAGGGACCAGAGAAUUUGGAUGAUGUUUCUUUAAGGCCUCCCUCAAGUUCUAUUGUCUACAAGCAGGCAAUGGCAAAACCAGCCCUUGGGCUUAAUGCUGCACGCCAGACAAGUUUAAGGCCAGAUUCUUCUCCUGUAUUGAAAUCAACUCCUCCCUUACUGAAGGAAAAUAUCCUCAUCAAACCAUCUCCACAAGAAGGCAAAAAAAGCAAUAAAAAAGACAAGGGCCCAAACAAAGAAGAAGUUUUAAAGAAGGUUGAGUCAAUUAUGAAUGAUUACCAAUCUUCCACAAAAUUGGAAGAUGCCAUAAGUACAUAUAAGGAACAGAAAGUACCAGAACGUUUUUCACGAUAUGUCAUCCUCAAAAUUAUGACACACACUUUAGAUAAAAAUGAUUCAGAUAGGGAACUGGCAUCAAAUUUAAUUAUGGCCAUGAAGAAAGAGUCUCUCAUCACCUCAAAUAACUUUAUGGACGCAUUCCGUGAUCUGGUUGUAAUAAUGGCUGAAAAAGAGCAAGAGAUACCACGUAUAUAUUCAUAUGUGGCAGGAUUUGCUGCAAGUGCUGUGUCUGAAGGACUGCUGACAUUAGCAGAGAUUUCUGAAGUAACUGAAAAUGGUGCACAUUACCCUUUGUUCUUGCUUAUACUGCAACAACUUCUCAAGACUCAAGAUAAAUCAAAAUUAACUCAGCUAUUUAAUGAAAGCAAGGUGAAUCUCCUCAACAUGCUUCCCGAAGUGGAUCGCACAAAAGAACGCUUAGCAGAUAUUCUGGAAGGUCGUGGACUUAGUUUCUUAUUUCCCUUACUACGUAUUCAGUCUGAACUGUGGAAACAGCUUCAGACAGAUCCAAAUCCAGGACAGUUUUACAAGUGGAUCAAAGAAAAUCUUGAUCCUUCACACCACACAGAUCCUGGAUUUAUAAAUGCUCUCAUGACUGUUUUACUGAAAUAUAUCACACAGGAGUCAACACUCUCAGAAGGAUGUGAUCCCAACACCCCACCAGAUAAAACUCUAAUUGAGAAGGAGAAGACUUUGUUGGAGAAGUACAAAGCUGUAUUGCAAGCAUUCCUGCAUGAGCAUGUAGACCUUCAAGUAACAGCAGUUUACUCCUUACAAGUAUUCUGCUAUUCACAACAAUUUCCAAAAGGUAUGCUUCUGCGUUGGUUUGUGAAUCUGUACAAUCUGGAAGUGGUUGAGGAAGAAGCUUUCUUGAAAUGGAAAGAAGAUAUCACUGAUGCGUAUCCAGGGAAGGGUCAAGCUUUGUUCCAGGUAAAUACUUGGCUGAUGUGGCUUGCGGAAGCAGAGUCUGAAGAAGAAGAUGAGGGAGACAAUUGACAAUGGGUUGUAAAAAUUAUAGCUCCAGUAUUAGCCAAUUGAUGCAUGUAAAGUUCGUGAACUCAUCUGGCUGGGCUUAAAUGAAAGUAUUGUGUAACAGUUGCAAUAUGCUUGAUAAUCAGAUGCAUGCAUUUAAAUGAAAAGAAAGUUAGUAAAGAUUAAUAAAUAUUACAGUAAUUUGAAGUUGUAAUUUUUAUUCAGAUUGUUUAUUUGUGGCUCUUGACAAUGCAUAGGAUACUGUAAAAGGUUUGCAUGCAGAUGUAUAGGUGGAACGGUGUUUCAUCUGUCAUUGGAAGAAAAUGGUGAUGUUAAAUCACUGACAGAUUAGUAUAUACUGUGAGAGCUGAUUGUAAAAGUGGAUUUCAAUUUUAUACUAGUAUACUGUUUAAACACAAAUAACCUGUUAACUAAUUUUAAAUGCAUUUCUCUCAGGAUUUGUUAACAGGCAAACCAUAGUUAAUAUUGUAUUUAACAAUGUCACUCAGUUUUUGCUGUUUCCUCGUGAAUUGUUCUCAUUUUGUACGUUCCUUUUUAAACAUUUUUUAAUUUUUAGCAUCUAUUGUAAUCAUGUAUUUGUAACUUAGUGUGCCUUGAACAAUUGCCAAUUUAUUCAUGAAAGCUUACUAUACAUCCUUAUUAAAUGAGAUUGUGGACACAUCCACAGGCCCGUAGGUAUGCAUAUUUAUUAUAAUACAAAUUGUAGCUCCCAUGAUACUUGGUUGUAAUACUUGUGUGUGUCCAAUUAAUUUGCUUGAAUUUCAUAUUUAUUCUAAAUGAUCUGUUAUCAAUCGCAUGUGGGAUUAUGUAGUUGUUGCAUAUUAUGUUCUAGUAAGUCUUAGCCACACAGGAUCAGAUAAAUGGCACUGUUAAUUUUUAAAAAGAAAUCACCUUUAGCACAAUAGCAUGGUUGCAGUUUGACUGUGAUCAGUGUGUGGCUUUGUGACUUGGUGUAAACUGAAAUAAAUUCCUUAUUUGUAAUUUAUUGAUUUUUAAUAACAGGUUUUUCAUUCUGUGUGUUUUUAUGUCAGUUGUUUUUUACUGCGAGUGCAAAUUUUAUUCUAUCAUGCCCAGUUCCUACUCAGAAUCACAGCCAUAUGAAUUAAAAACAUUUAAUUUUAUGAAUUUGAAAUUUUAAUGCCAAUUGAUAAUUUUUGGCUGUCCACAAUAUGGAACAACAAUUGUGCACUGUAAAAUUGGUCAUACAAAUGUAUUUGUCACAUUUUUGUGCUCUCUGUACUGGUUGAAAAUGUCAUUUCCUCCAGUUUCAUUUAUUCUUUGAAAGACAUUCCUAGGCAAUCAAAACAAAAUUCAAAUUGCUAUGAAGAAUUAAAAUACCACAUUUCAUACUAA